AUCCUACCGCCGCGUCAUGGAGGGAGCGGUGCUAGCGGCGGUGGGGCAAGGAGAUGUUGAGAGCCUUAGCUUCGCCAAUGCUCAAGGGUUCGACCACCAAGCUCUCAUUGGUGUUCUCAAGUCCCUCUUGGCCGACGGCUAUGUCCAGAUGGAAGCAGUGGAUCACGAGGGCUGGAAGCUGACUGAGGAGGGAGAAGCAUGCGUCAGCAAAGGCUCUCCUGAAGCACAAGUCUUCGCUCUGGUGAAACAAGAAGGGUCGGACAAGGAUGAGAUCGAAAAGCUUGCUGGAGCCUUAGCAAAGGUCGGCUUGUCCCAGUGCAUGCAAUCAAAGUGGCUGCGUGUGGACAAGGCUCAGGGUGGCAAGAUUUUCAAGGAAACAGAUAAGAUUGAAGAUUUGGUGCAGAAGCAGCUCAGCGACGUCAAGAAUGGUGUCUUCCCUCCAAAGGCUGACCUGGACAAACUAAAGAAGAGAAAGUUGAUUACUGCUGCAAACUACAAGACGUACAACAUCAAGAAGGGCCCUGACUAUGCUCCCGUGCGAACAAAAGCAGCUGCUGACAUCACAGCUGAGAUGAUCGCCGACGGAAGCUGGAAGACUCAGAAGUUUAAGCCGUAUAAUUUUGAUGCUUUGGGCCAAGAUGCAUGUGCUGGACGUUUGCACCCGCUGCUCAAGGUUCGUGCGCAAUUCCGUGAGAUCUUCUUGGAAAUGGGGUUUGAAGAAAUGCCGACGAAUCGCUUUGUCGAGACAUCCUUCUGGAACUUCGAUGCUCUCUUUCAGCCGCAGGCCCAUCCAGCUCGCGACAUGCAGGACACUUUCUUCAUCAAGGACCCAUCUACUACUCUCCGCAUUCCUCAGGAGUACAUGGAGAAGGUCAAAUCCACACAUGAGAAAGGAGACUGUGUCACUGGAGGUCCGCAAGAUCCUCUGGCCACUCCCAUCGGCUCUCUGGGUUACAGAAACACCUGGAACAUUGUCGAAGCGGAAAAAAAUCUUCUUAGAACUCAUACCACCGCCAUCUCGGCUCAGAUGUUGUACAAAUUAGCUCAAAUGGAUAAAUUCGAACCCAAGAAAUUCUUCUCUAUUGAUCGCGUGUUUCGCAAUGAGACUCUGGAUGCGACACAUUUAGCAGAGUUCCACCAGAUCGAAGGGCUCGUGGUUGAUCGAAACCUUGCGCUCGGAGAUCUCAUGGGAAUGAUCCAGGCUUUCUUUGAAAAGCUCGGACUAAAGGACAUUCGCUUCAAGCCAACAUACAACCCUUACACUGAGCCCUCCAUGGAGAUCUUCCACUGGCAUGAAGGUCUCAACAAGUACGUGGAAGUUGGAAACUCUGGCAUGUUCCGCCCGGAAAUGCUCCGACCGAUGGGCUUCCCCGAAGACGUGACGUGCAUCGCAUGGGGACUGUCGCUCGAACGCCCUACAAUGAUUCUUUACAAGAUCGACAACAUCCGAGAUCUCUUCGGACACAAGGUUGAUCUCCAUAUGAUCAAAACGAAUCCUAUCUGCCGAUUGGUGAAAUAAACAAAAUCAAAAGAUGA